GACAGGCUAAAAUGAGUGAUGGCUUGCAUGAACAAAAUUAAAAUAAAAUGUCGUCGUUGCGCUGCUCUUUCUAUUCUGACUUGAUUGAGGCAUCGUCGUCGAAAUGCACCUUACCCUUCCCCACGAUGGCGACUCAAGCUAUCCCGCAGGGUACAAAGUUCCACGAAAUUCAAUAGCAUCUGUAGCAGCUGAAGAAGCGGUUCAACAAGCGACUGUCGCUGAGUCCAAAGCCGGAAGUGGUCGCAAUUAUGUUGACCAUGGAGAAAUCGAAGAUCCUUCCGACUUAUCGCACUGGCUGGAGACGCUGUCCGAAAUAUAUAUGAACAACCUGGAUAACCGAGCAAGAUGGGAUCCGCGCUGGCUGAAUGUUACACGGCGUGCGCGCUACGAAGAUUUACAUGCAGCUUCAGUGACCAUCCUUGACUACAUGGACGACAAUACUGCGCCUCACGAAUAUAGCAUUCAGAAGAAGAAGCACUUUGCCGAGCUCCUUCAAGCACGCCCCAAAACGUGUCAGAUGCGAGUGGUUGUAGUCACAGACUUGAGCCGCUUCGUCAUGGGUGCUCUAGGACAGCAACUGAACAUUGAUCCAGAGUUUUGGUUUGAGCAUCUAGUCCAAUCUGGAUAUUCCGCGAGCGAUAUCCAGCUUAAGGUAUCAAACGCCGUUUGGAUGAACUGGUCGGAACAGGAAACGCGGUUCCGCCAUCGAGCACUUCCCGGUAUCGGCCAACGAACGGAAUGGAACUCACCGAGACGAACUAGUGGUCGGAGCUGGGCGCAUAUGAGAUGGGGUCGACUUGGGCUCAUGCAUUACCUGGGUAAAAAGGGGUUCCACGAAGACGAGAUAGAGAGGCGAAUCGGCGACGGUCGAUGGAUCUGCGAGCGAGAUGUUGCUCUUGAUAAGAAUGGACUGCUAUUGACUGAGAAGCGACGAGCCAGACAGAAACAAUCUCAGAAAAGAGAGAGAGAAAGACGUAUGAAAAAGAUGAAAGGCAAGCCUCAGCUUCCUGAAGUUGGAGAAGAGGACGAGCGACCUUCUCGUGUCAAGGCAGCCAACAUUUACCGAGCCUACAGCACAUUCGAGGGAAUUCCAAAGAACGUUUUCUCGUGGAGUAACAGAGAUCUCCGAGUUUUAUCGCCCGAGGGAGCGGGCUAUUGGUCUGGGGCCGACCAAGACGGUAACAAGACAGUGGUUUUGGUCCUGGAUCCAACGCGAUACAUGAGAGACGAAACGACAAAGCAACUCACACCUUCCCUCACAUUUAUGCCACGGCCGUUGGAGAUUGAGUCGUACUCGGAUGAAGAGCUAUGGCGAAUGGCAGAUGCCGAGGAAACAUACCUAGAUCCUCCGCCUCCUCCUGUUACCAAGGCAGAGCUCAAACAGCAAAAGGCUGAAGCAAAGCGCCAGCAGUGGAAGUCCAAGGGUCGAAAGUGGAAGCGUAGGCUGUCGUCCAAGAAACAGAAUGAUGCAGAGUCUGCUGGUAAAGACGGCGACGAGGAGAGUGAGGCGACAGUAUCGGAAUACAGCAGUGAUGGGGAGCUAGACGAUGACUAUCAAAACAUGCUCCGUGAAGAAUACAGCAACCCGAAGCCGUAUAAGCGAGAUCGAGAUUUUGCCCGGAAAUACUCUCUAGGAACGCAAGAGCUUGUUUGUCGUUAUCUGCGUCGUCUCACUGCCGCACAGGUGACGACCCAAAAGGAAUUUGCGUCGUCAGUGCUCUGCCAUAUCGUUCUUGAUGACAUGUGGCAACUCCUGGCAGAAAUCAGACUGGAGUUGGACCAUGUUGAUAAUGACCUCAGCGCGGGCCUGUACGAGCAAUUGGUAGAGUCUAUUGGAAAUUCGACGCGCCAGAACAUUACUUGGAUUCGAUGUACUCUUCAGGAGCUACUUGAAUGGGCAACGCAUAUCAAGGGUGCUUCGAGCAUUCUAGGUGCUGGUCCAGAUCUGGAAGCUGAAAUGGAACAAGUGGUGGCCAAUAUACAAGGCUUGCAAGCGAGAUCUGAACAGACGCUCAGUCUGUUUGCUUCGUGCAUGGCUCUAGCGCAAUCAACCAUGGUGAUUGACCAAACGUCCGGUAUCAAUAAGCUGACUGAGCUGGCCUUCUUCUUUAUCCCGAUAUCUUUCAUCACAUCCGUCUUCUCAAUGCAGGUAACAGAGCUCGUCUCUUCGCCUCCAAAGAUCUGGAUCUGGGGUGUGACGUUGGCAGCGGUGGCAUUGGCUACGUACUUUGUUCGCAGUUUGCUCCGUUCCCCUAGCGUGCGCAGCCGCAUGAUGCACUCGCGAGCCACCAUUAUCAACCGCUUCUCCAAGCAAGGCCCAGGAUCUGCUUCUCAGAGAUUCAAUACACUGGGGAACCGGGCGAUUCUCAAGUACGCAGUGUACAUGUCAAGUCUGUUGUUUCUCACGGCGAUUGCUCUGACAAUCUUUAUUACUUGGGCUGUGAUUGUCAUCUUGGCUGGCCCAGCAGCGUUUGGUGUUGCUUUGUAUUUUAUUAUUACAAGAUGGCCAGAGGUUGCAGUGCUGGUGCCAUGCUUUGUGAGUCUGCCCCUGUCGGUAUUGUUCGUUUGGUCCCUUCAGUUCUGGGGAUCUGAAUCCUUCGACUGGCUAGGUGACCAGCUAAUCUACUAUGCACAACGCAUUGAAGAGUGGUAUCCAGCAAGAUGGCAGGCAGACGCGGUGGAUGAUGCCGACUUGGCCAAAGAAGGGGUGAAUACGUAUGCUCGACAGGCGUUGCUCUUGUUUACAUAGUCGGGUCGUGAGGAGUAAUGAUGAAGGAGGUGUAUGUAUUCUGUCGUUUGUUGGUGAUUCAAGAGGGAUAACAUUGGAUUGCAUCUUAUUGUUAUGAAUGAAAAUGUCUGUGUAUAUUAGUAUGAUGUUUACUGAUUUGCUUGUAGAUAACAAUGCACUUUGUCGAUUUGU